AUGGACGUCCUUUCAAUUGAGUCAUGUGUCCAGACAGCUCUGUUUUUGCACUCCGAUUAUGGUAUCCAUGCUCGAAUACAUCACUAUCAGUCCAUUCACUAUCAGUCCAUCAGCAUCAAAGGUGUGCUCGGCCAACCCCAGAUGCACACCCUACUCACCCGGCCAUUCCACGCGACAGACCCUAAGGAUGUCAUUGGAGCAUUCCUUGAUGCUGCGAAAUUGGUACAACGACUGCAGCAGAAGGCUGCCACCUCAGAAGAGUUCAUUCUGCCUGAAGAUCUGAUAAGGGACUUUGAGACCUCACUGUCUCUCGGUUCAAUAACUGUCAAAAGCCAGUAUGACCACGACUUCCGCCGUUUCGGCGAGACAUAUGCUCGGGGCGAUUCCAUCGCCCGCGAGCAGAUGAAAGACGUUGUUAUCACUCUUCAAAAGGUCAAUACGCAUCUGCGUGAAGUGUUCAUGGACGAUGCAUCACUGGAUCUCACCAUGCUGAAAGAAACUUCGGACGACAGCCGAGUCAAUGCGAUAGUGUGUCUCGGGCAGCUGUAUCAACGGAUGUCAACGGCUGCAGCUUCGAUGAAAGAGAUGUCCAGGUCAUACCGUGGCGGGAACGAUCAGCACGCGACUCUCAAUACCCUGGCUUAUUCCAGCAGUCAGAGCACCAAUUCGUCCCUGGCAAGGAGACCCUGGGACAGCCGAUCCAGCACGUCUUACACCAGUUGCAGUACCCGAACUGCUGUUGAAGGUGACCGAAAGCCAUCUAACGAGCUUCAGUCACAGCGGCGAAUGUCACUGACUUCGGCUUUCUCCUACUCGAGCGAGCGAGAACCAUACAAGAGCCGCGUGUCCGAGGAAGAUGUCACACCUAAAGAUCCUCCUCCUGUUCAGCGUCACUCGAGUCAAAGCCAGCUUCACGAUCAAGCAGAAAUUACAUGCAAUGGAUCAAUGAACAUUAACGAUGCAAAAGCUACCUUGACAACCAGUCCCGAGCCGAGGCGUGACUUGUCGUUCUCUCCACCGGGCUUGACUCCUCUCGUUGAAGAUACUACUGAUACAGAGCCAACGUUGCAACAGUCUGCAAUUACCAUGAACUACGAUGUUCAGGGCUCAGGACAGUCGUCACCGCGUUCUCCUGGGUCCCAGAUCGACGUCAAAGUAUCUCCCCCUGUAUCGACAUCUUCGUUGCACGAACUCGAAAACACCAUUGCGUCAAUGAUGGUCGCGCCGCUAGCAACAAAUCAACAGAAUCGUGUACCCAUGAAUCCUGAAUACAGCACGCUAGAAUGCGUACCGUCCGUCGGUGGUCAAUGGCAUCCAGUACCACCAGUCAAUCGGCAAGGCUAUUUGCAACAGGAUAGCCAACAAAUACAGACGUCGCACUUAUCGUCCAACCACACCUGGCCAAUAGCACAAAGCCAGCCAACACAGAUAUAUCCAGAGUCUGAGCAAACCACAUACAACGAUAUAGGCCCGGUGACCAUGACAAUGCCGAUCAAUCCUGCUCCGACAAGAGCUUUCACAGGGUCAUCGAUACCCAGACCACUAUCGAUCCGAUCAUCCAGUUCAGCAGGCUCCAAGGUGAGCGGCUUCACCCUUCGAAAAGCACUCCCUCCUGGCAUCGUUGGCGCCAUUCACAAGAAUGGUUCUAGCGCAAACAAAGCGCAAGUCAAUGACCAGCCUCGAUACGUCAAGCCACAGAGCCGGCCUCCACCGGUUCACUCAUCAGAACUGGCCAGCGACCCCAUUCACACUGUACAGGCAAGCACGGCAUGGAUGAAACUGCCACAAGCGAGUGUGCGUCCAGUCACGGCUUCGUCAGAGUCAGUGACGAGGGCACCAAGCUCGCCUCACUUACACAAGUCUCGGUCAGAGCUAAACCUACCAAGUGAAUCGAAUCUGGCGGGCUUCUGCAAAGGAGCUGUGCGGCAGCAACUUGGUGGUCGGAAAAAAGCCUUUACAUUAGACCAUAGAAAGCCCAGAAAGGGGCACGAGUGGUUUUUCAAGUGCACGAAAUGCAAUUUUGCUGGGCCAGCAACGGUGUCGGCGGCUCUACCCAGUGGAGGUCGAGGAGCGGUCAAGCGGGAAAAGACUUUCGACACCAGUGUGAGAAAGACACCCGAGGGCAUCCAGUACCGCUGGGCAUUCCUUGCCAAGAGCCACGUCUUCAAUAAGGCACAUCACAGCGACUUGAUUAACAGUGACGAUGUAUACGGCUGCUAUAUCUGCUGCGCGGAAGGAGUCGGGAAGGGUUGGCUGGCGGCUGAUUCCAAUCUGGACGGGCAAACGCCGACGUUCAGCGGGCUUCAAGCCUUCAUGGCGCAUCUGGAAACACACCGAGCACCACACCGAGUUCCGGGGUUGAUGGUGGCAAAUGAGCUGAACUGUAUCGUGGGUCGGGUUGCAAGUGAGAAUGAAGACUUUGAUCUGAAUCUGCCUCCGUUGGUAAUGUAA